AAGAUGACAUGCAACUUGAUUCAAUAGAGUCAUCAGAUGACAAUCAAGUGGCAUCCACCAGUGAGAUCAGUGCAAUUGAGGGUUUAGAUGAGCAGUUGCAAUACAAUCUGGCUGGAUUUUUCUUGAAAAUGCAGACCAUUCUCCAUGUGUCCCAGAGAGCAACACAGGAGAUUAUUGAGCAUAUUGAUCAGUUGUUUUUGUUAUCACAACCUCUGGUUAGAAAAUCAGUUGUAGAUAUACUGAAAAAGCACAACUGUACAUAUACGGACAAACUGGUGGAUGAGAUUUGUCAGGCAGUUUCUGAUAGUAAUGUUUUACAUAAAUGUGUCACAUCUGAAGGACCACUAUCUACAGCAAAGAGGAGGAAAUCAUAUUACGAAGCAAAUUUUCCAUAUGCCAAACCUGUGGAGUAUUUAAUUGAAUCGUCAAAGCACACUUAUAUGUAUGUGCCUAUUCUCACAUCUUUGCAAUUGUUGUUGAAAAAAAAUGAUGUGCUUGAAGAAAUUAAACAAGCACCCACACAGAUUCCUGGACAUUUCAUGUCAUUUUGUGAUGGAUCCUACUACCAGGAAAAUGUUCUACUGUCACAAGAGGGACAGAAAUUGUCAAUAAUACUUUAUGUGGAUGAUUCUGAAAUCGCAAACCCACUUGGUACCUCAAAGAAAAUACAUAAAGUCUUUGCAGUUUAUUGGACACUGGCAAACUUUCCAGUUAAAUUAAAUCUCGUUCUGCUCUACACUGCACUCAGCUUGCUCUGCUGUGCAAUUCCAAUGAUGUGCGCCAGUUUGGGUAUAAGGAAAUGUUGUCACCACUCUUAAAUGAUCUGAAAACUCUUGAAGAAGUAGGUGUCUACAUUGAGACUCUUGGUGAAUGUCUUAAAGGCACUGUCUACUCUGUUGUGGCAGACAACCUUGCUGCCCAUGGACUUGCUGGUUUCAAUGAGAGUUUCAGGUCUACAUAUUUCUGUAGGUUUUGUCAUGCCACCCAAACAGAAAUGCAAACAGAAAAUGCUGUUACAGGGAAUUAUGCAAUGAGAACAAAAGAUGCUCAUGAUAAUCUUGUGCAAGAGCUUCAGAAUGAUGACAUUGAGGAAAACUAUGGUGUUAAAAACACCUGUGUUCUUUCUGACCAUCUCUCUUUCUUCCAUCCUGUCACAGGCUUCCCACCUGACCUCCUACACGACCUGUUUGAAGGUGUCAUUCCAGUGGAGUUGGCACAUUGUUUAAAAGGUUUGAUUUCUAAGAGAUAUUUUACCUUAGAAGACUUAAACAGAGCAAUUCUGCGCUUUCCAUACCAACAUUCUGACAAAGUUGAUCGCCCUCAUCCAAUACCCUCAAAUUUUGCCAGGCGAGGGACCAUUGGUGGGAACGGGCAUGAAAAUCAUGCCCUUCUUAGACUGUUGCCUUUUCUCAUUGGCUCCAAAGUUCCAGAAAGAGACACUUUUUGGGAAGUGCUAAUGGAUUUAAAGGACGUAGUUCAGCUUGCCAUGUCUCAUACUUUUAGUGACGAGACCAUUCAGUACAUGGCCUGUAAAAUAUUAGAUCACAGACAACUCUUUCAGGAAGUGUUUCCUAAUGUUCGAUUCAGGCCAAAGCAUCAUUACAUCGAGCAUUACCCGCACUUAAUAAAGUGCUUUGGUCCCUUAGUUCAUCUUUGGACAAUGAGAUUUGAGGGAAAGCACAAGGUUUUCAAAAAAAUAAUUCAUGACACUCACAACUACAAAAAUGUACUAAAAACUUUGGCAGAGAGACAUCAAAGCAUGAUGGCAUUUUAUUUGUCCUCAUCAAAGUUUUUCAAACCACCUGUGCAAACAUCCAAAAUGGAGUCUUUGUACAUUUCAUCAUUACCUGCAGAUACACAAUCAUUUAUUUCAGGUAUUGCUGACAGUGACACAAUAUAUGCAACAAAAAAGGUUACAAUUAAUGGCACAAACUUUGCAAUUGGCAUGUUUGUAUGCACAGGUGCUUAUGCUGCAUUGCCAGAGUUCAAAGAGAUUCUUAAUGUACUGCUCAUCAGAAACAACAUUUAUUUUCUCUUGAAAGACUAUGACACUCAUUACGUUGAGCACUUGCGUUCAUAUGAAGUAGCAGAGAAUCAACAGAGGGGUCUCCGUCACAGUGUAAAAUCUCUGUGCCAACUGUCUGACCACAUGCCGCAUUUUGCUUACAAGAUAGCAAAUGAAGUCAUUCUAACAACAAACCAUUUCAUUCCAGUGUCUGACUAAAGUAACAGAACUGAGACAUCAGCUGAUUCCACCAAUUUGUGAACCAAUGUAAAAGUAAUUCAUCUAUUCAGUUUUUUUGUAUUCACAUAAAUGUUUUUAUACUUUUGCACAAUUAAUAUUUUGUAAAUAACUGUAAACACAAACAUGCAUUAAAAUGCCACUAUAAUAUGUGAAACCUGUCUGUUACAGAAAUAAAAAAUUCAGAUGGAGGCAACAGGAAUAUUGAAGCUAAGGGUCAUCCUUGAUAAGGAUAACGCUGAAAAACUUAUUUUGCCAUCUCGUCCAAACAGUGUGCAAGCCCUCAUAGAUGAGAUCAAAUCUAGGCUAAAUUUUACCUUCGACUUUCGGCUUCAGUUUCAUGACCCAGAUUUUGAUAAUGCCUUGUGUAAUUUGGUUAAAAUAGAAGACCUGCCAGCUAUAGCAUCUGUUAAAGUUUAGUUGAGCUGGACCGGAUUUCAACGAGCACUGAUGACACAAUCCUUCAGACUGAUAGCACUGAUACCAUAGAUUCACCAGAGCGUAUUAGUAGAUGGCCAGAGGUUUUUAUUGUUCCGCCAUUUUCUUAUGAAGUGGAACAUGUAUUAAGAGAGGGUAAUGCAGCAUUUGAUAAAGAUGGGAAAGUAAUUACACUGACACGAGAUCAAAAACACAACAUACUUGAGACAAUGGGGGAAGAAAUCUACAAACUAAAAGCAUACCCUAGUACAACACAAAUUGGCAAGGCUGCAGAAGCUUUAGUUAGAAAACAUCCCUGUCUGAAAGAGAGGAAUUCUGACACUGGGUGGGAAGGGUGGAAGAAUAGCCUGAGAUAUAAAAUGGGAAACCAAAGAAAGAAGUUGGCUAAAGCUGGCAUCAUGGAUGUUGCUGUGAAUGCUGGAAAGCGCAGCAGAACAAACCCAGAUGGAGCUUCACCAAGGGCCAAUAUUAAAAGACCUAGGAGAGGUGAGGUCAACUUCCUUCCUUCUUAUCCUUCUGGAGAAACAAGGGAGUCUCUGGAAACCAGAAGACUUGAGAUGGUAGAAGAGUUCAAGAAGACCUCAGCAGGAAGAGACAUCCCUCUCAUUCAUCAGGAUAUGAUGCGCACUUUUGCACUCCGGCGUGAAGAGAUUGUCACAACUUCUCCUCCUGUAUCAGAGCUCAAGGACAGAUGGCCAGCACUCUUUCAUGAGACACGGGUAAGUACAACUACGUAUAUAACAUUUACUGCUCAUAUAGUAUGCUGUGUUUUGCUUAUAAUAUUUUUGGAAUUCUCCUCAGCUCUACUUUGAAUUUCAUCGGAUCACCAAUCAGAAUCUGCCACAUGUGUUUUAUGCUGCACUGGAUGAUUAUGCUCCUCAGCUGAUUGGACUAUACAAAAAGAGGAAAACUGGACGGGUCGGUGAAAGGAUGGAGCAGCUUUUGUUGGCAUAUGGAAAACAGGACAAAAACGACAUCUAUGCAACUAGAACAGCAGCUCUGGCUGGCCUACCAAUGUACCUCAAGGAGGAUUCUUCAGAGAUUUUCAAAACAUGCAAGGAUGAAAUUGAGUUCUAUGAAGCCACAAUUGCUCUGGUUGCUGAUGUCGAUGAAGAGGAGGUGCCUGGAGGAGUUCCUUUCUCACCACGCCAAGUGUUCAUAGUACUUGAAGAUCAGGUUGUUAUGACUCAUCACUCAUGGACUGAUGCACUGGUGUGUUUGUUUGGGCUAAUCUAUGCUCUGCAUCUGAGCUAUCCUGAGAAGUGUACUGGCUUUUUUGAGUUCAUUCAAGUAGUGUUGCUGAAGCUAGACGAUGAGAGAAAGCAACUAAAACCAAAAUUGCAGACACUAAAAAAUGA